AUGGACAAUUAUUCAGGUAUUGUAAACAAUAAGGAAUAGGUUUUACAAACUAUAAUUUUGAAUAACCUUAGUUAUGUUUAAAAUGUCAAAAAGUAAGCAGAGUUAGCUAAUAGUAAUAAAAAUGGUGUCAAAAAAACCACUCAAAAAACAGGUUUUUGUUAAGGAUUUUAAUGA